AUGGCCAGCACCUCUGUUUGUUCGUUUGAUGGGGAGGUGGAGACUUCUGCUCUGCUAUGGCGAACAUUAGGUACGCACCUCUGGGAGUACGCACCUCGCUUGAAAUCGCCCCUGACUAGGCACGAGGUCGCACGAUCAGCGGUCGACGCGCUUCAACUCGGGGUUCUUGCACCAUCAGGUCCACAACCAGGUGUUCAUUGCCCAAAGGAACGCGUGCUACUCAAUGCGGACGAUGCGUUUGAAACGGCGAAUGCAAGUAGAGAGCUGCUAUGGGAGAUGGUUAGCUAUGGGUCGUCAGCGGGAACUUCGGCGCUCGUGACGUACCGAAAGAGCGGCAUGGCCGUGGGUACCCGCAGAGGUAACGUUAUACGCAAUGAGAUUCUUCUUCACACACUGUCUCCUGCAAUCUCCUUUCGCCAGUUGUCAGCUCCUGGAGUGCUUACUGACGUCAACGAUUCAACUCUAGGGGACACUGCACAAUCUAACGCCGCGCGUCUGAAGUAUCUUUUUCAGACUUUCUUGCCCGGGUUGGUGAAGGGUUAUGCUGUAGGUACGGAGUACGACCCUGAGCAAUGGAGCGAUUUGAUUCAAGGUUUGGUACGGGAAUUUGCCGCCAGGAUUAUCUUGAAGUGCACAUGGGUCUUGGCUGUUCUUAUCGCACGGAAACAAGCAAUCUUCGGCAAGACAUGUCUCUUCGCUGCUUGCCAAGCCAAGGCCGAAUCGGGGCUCAAAUGGCCGAUGAGGAUGGAUCGGCCUCGAUGCGCCCACUGGCCAUACUCAGAUCCUGCCACUACCGAGACGUAUCAGGAAUCGCAAAGUUCAGUGUCUACGCGCUGUGAGUGA